CUGUCUGAGCUGGGGCAUUUGAAACCGUCAGCAGCCGCUCAGGGAGGUGCCCUUCUGCCCAGCAAGAACAGGCAAGGCGGCCAUGUCCCACAGGAAGUUUUCAGCCCCCCGGCAUGGCCAUCUGGGCUUCCUACCCCAAAAGAGGAGUCGGAGGCACCGAGGGAAGGUGAAGACCUGGCCCCGGGAUGACCCCAGUAAACCUGUACACCUCACAGCCUUCCUGGGCUACAAAGCUGGCAUGACCCACACCCUCCGUGAAGUCCACCGGCCUGGCCUAAAGAUCUCCAAGAGGGAGGAGGUGGAGGCUGUGACUAUUGUGGAGACCCCACCGGUGAUUGUGGUAGGGAUUGUAGGCUACGUGGCCACACCUCGGGGCCUUCGGAGCUUCAAGACCAUAUUUGCAGAGCAUCUUAGUGAUGAAUGCCGGCGCCGCUUCUACAAGAACUGGUACAAGAGCAAGAAGAAGGCAUUUACCAAGGCCUGCCAGAAAUGGCGAGAUGAAGAUGGGAAGAAGCGGCUACAAAAAGAUUUUGCAUCCAUGAAAAAGUACUGCAAGGUCAUCCGUGUCAUUGUCCACACCCAGAUGAAGCUGCUGCCGUUCCGGCAAAAGAAGGCUCACAUCAUGGAGAUCCAGUUGAAUGGUGGCACCAUCGCUGAGAAGGUGGAAUGGGCUCGAGCACGGCUUGAGAAGCAGGUCUCUGUGCACACAGUCUUCAGCCAGAGUGAGGUGAUCGAUGUGGUUGCAGUCACAAAAGGCCGUGGCAUGAAAGGGGUCACCAGUCGUUGGCAUGCCAAGAAACUCCCACGAAAAACACAUAAAGGACUUCGUAAGGUGGCCUGUAUUGGGGCCUGGCACCCUGCAAGGGUGGGCUACUCCAUUGCUCGAGCUGGCCAGAAAGGUUACCACCACAGGACAGAACUCAAUAAGAAGAUCUACCGAAUUGGCCAUGGGAUACAUGUGAAGGAUGGGAAAGUGGUUAAGAACAAUGCAUCCACCAGCUAUGAUGUGACAGACAAAUCCAUCACACCCUUGGGUGGUUUCCCACAUUAUGGCGAAGUGAAUAAUGACUUUGUGAUGCUGAAGGGUUGCAUUGCUGGUACCAAGAAGCGUGUCAUCACUCUCCGAAAGUCUCUCCUGGUGCACCGAAGCCGGCGGGCUCUGGAAAACAUUGAGCUAAAAUUCAUUGAUACCACCUCAAAGUUUGGACAUGGCAGAUUCCAGACAGCCGAGGAGAAGAGAGCCUUCAUGGGUCCCCAGAAGAAACACCUCGAGAAAGAGAAGACAGAAGCAGCAGCUGGUGACUCAUAAGGCAGAAGCAGCAAGGAGUCCAAAGUAGGCUUUUGGCCUAAUGAUCUCUUCCCUAGCAGUGAGGAGAACCUCUCAUCAAUAAAGAAGGAUGUUGAGAAAAACUCAA